CUCCUGCGGAGGGAGGGGGGAAAACAGACAUGGCAGCCAAGAAGAUGGCCGCUUCCACGGUGGUGCAGCGAAACCUGCCGUACCUGCGACAGCAGUUCCUGGCCGCGUUGCAGACGUGCAGCGCGGUCGUCAAAGUGCUCAGCCUGGCCGUGUUCCUCUGCUACUUCCUCUCCUACAGCCAGGUUGCUUCGCGGGCCAUCAGCGUCACGCCGGGCUACAUCAUACCGCCCAGCUUUUGGAUAUGGACUGCGUUCACUCACGCGUUCUUCGAGAACAGCGUGUGGAUGGUGAUUGCGGACAUAGUCACGGUGGGGCUUUGCGGCAAGCUGAUCGAGCCCCUGUGGGGCGCGAUCGAGAUGCUCACCUUCUUCGCCAUCGUCAACACUAGCGUCGCCUUCCUCUCCGUCGCGUAUUACAUAGUGCUGUAUUCGGUCACCUGGAACCCGGACUACCUGUUCGCAGUGCGAAUACACGGCCUCGCGGGCUACUGCGCAGCCGUCAUGGUCGCCGUCAAGCAAAUCAUGCCCGACCACGUACUGGUGCCACUGCCGUUCGGCAAGAUCCGAAACCGCAACGUUCCCCUAACCGUACUUCUCGCCUCGAUCAUACUCUGGGCUUGCCAGGUGCUCAGGGGCACCUACCCCGUGAUGUUUGUCUCGGGAAUGCUUUCUUCGUGGGUGUACCUACGCUUUUACCAACACCACAGCAACGGAAGCAAGGGUGACAUGGCGGACCACUUCACGUUUGCUAGUUUCUUCCCCAACGUGCUUCAGCCUCCCAUCGCCCUGGUGAGCAACCUCAUCUUCAACUUCUUCGUGAAGAUCAAACUGUGCAGGAAGCCGCCGCGGAAGUACAACCUGUCCAGCGGGUCUGCGUCCACUGUCACCAUCAACCUUCCGGGAACCGAUCCUCAGGACGCAGAGCGGAGAAGGCAAAUAGCACUGCGCGCACUGAGCGAGAGGCUGACCAAGGUGGAGCAGCAGUGGCCGCUCCUCUCCGACGAGGACCAGUCGUCGACGGCCAGCAGUAGCACGACGGCGGCGCCCUCUCUGGGCACCCCGCAGCACCACCCAAAGCCGGGCCCCUCGGGCGAAGGCCCCGCGUCAUCUCAGGUGGCCAUCACCAUUCCCAGCUUACCGCUGCCACCACCACCAUCGUCGGCGCGAGAGAUACCUGCCAGCCGCGAGUCGCCACUUGACAGCUCCGCCAAGGGGCAGUCUUCGUUGGAUGCGUGACCUCCGACGGAUUGAGCGGCGGCGCUUCGUGUGGGUGAUCGAGUGGAAUCAUGCAUCUACCAUCCCAAAGACUGGAGACGGAUGAGCAAGGUGGCACUCCAUAGUCACACAUUUGUACAUAGACUGUCAAUGUGAAAAAAAAAAAAGGGAAAAGGCGGUGCAGAAAAAAAGAAAUGUUGAUACAUAUAAGGCAAGGGUUGCACCUCAUUAUUCCUUUUACAUUUCACUGAAGACUCUGUACAGAAGAGACGACUCUGUAAUUAAUGAAAAAUGGCUUUGGUGUGUGUGUGUGUGUGUAUGCGUGCGUGUGCAUGAAAUAAAGAAGUGUUUGUUCCCGUU